AUGUCAAGCCUUCCAAUCUUCUAGUAAACUCCCGUGGAGAAAUCAGACUCUGUGAUUUUGGGGUCAGCGGGCAGCUAAUUGACUCCAUGGCCAACUCCUUUGUAGCACAAGAUCAUACAUGUCGCCCGAGAGACUCCAGGGGACUCACUACUCCGUGCAGUCGGACAUCUGGAGCAUGGGGCUCUCUCUGGUGGAGAUGGCAGUUGGGAGAUACCCCAUCCCUCCUCCUGAUGCCAAGGAACUGGAGCUGCUGUUUGGAUGCCAGGUGGAGGGAGAUGCAGCCGAAACGCCACCCAGGCCGAGGACCCCUGGGAGGCCCCUUAGCUCAUAUGGAAUGGACAGCCGACCUCCCAUGGCAAUUUUUGAGUUGUUGGAUUAUAUAGUCAAUGAGCACAAACUGCGGGUGAAGAAACUCGGAGCAGCAGCGCUAGCAGCAAAAUCAGAGAAAGGGGCAGCAGACCAGAAGUCAGUAGAAGAGUAAGAAAGAAAAGAAGCCUGUGGAUGUCGAGAAGCUGAAGAAGCCUGCAGGGAAAAAGGCUGCAACUACCAAGAAACCAGCAGCUGGGAAGAAAGCAGUAGAGAAGAAACCUACCACAGAGGAAACAAAGCCUGCUGCUUAGAAUUAUUAAAGUCUGUUUCAUUCCAUAGAGCAAAGAGAGACAGCCUAUUUGAAUAAACCUGAUCAAAGAUACAGAGAAA